AUGGCGCCGCCGUACGCACCCACUUCCGAUGGCGAGCCGAUCGUGCGAGGGCAGUGGAAGGCGGGCCUGUGUCACUGCUGCGACCACCCGAUCCCGAAUGGCUUGAUGUGCUGGUGCUGUCCAUGCGUGGCAUUGUCGCAAAUCGUCGCGCGCGUCGGUCUGUUUGACUACGUGCUGACGCUGUUGGUGCUGUACGUGCUGUCGUUUUCCGUGGUCGGGACGGUGAUCGUUGCCGGUUUGGUGGUGUACCUCCGCACGCACAUUCGUCGGUGGUUUGGCAUCCCUGGCUCGAUAUGGGGGGACGUGUGCAUUGGGUGCUGCUGCUGCUGUUGCGCGGUUGCGCAAAUGGCGACCCACGUCGAUGCUUACACGCCGGGCAAGUGCUCGUUUGAGUCGAAGCACGUCUUGCCUGGCUACGACACCAACUUUGAGCACGUGCAGCACCCCACCACGUCUUCGUACGACGCGCCACCCCCCGCGCACGCAACAUAUUCAGAACACGUCUGA